GAAGGCCCAGGUGAAACCGGCAUGGCGACGGUCGCAGCCCGCCGCCUCCUCCAGCAGCGAUGGGUGGCCGGCGGGCGGUGCCGGCUGCUGGGCACGGCGGCGGAGGCUUCUCCCGGCGGGGAGGGUGCGCGAGGAGGAGGUGGUGGAUCUGGCGACGCGAUCUACGUGAAGAAGCCGGCAGCCGCCGCGGCCGUGACGACGCGGGACGAGACGUCGGUGGCGAUGCCGACGUCGUUCAUGACGGGGUCGGUGGUUGGGAAGCGCUUCUACCGCGACGCCACCGUGCGGCGCGCCGACGACGGCAACGGGUGGACCGUGAUGCUGGACUACCGCACGCUCAAGUCGCCGGCCAAGCGGCCGCUCAAGCUGCCCUCGCGCGCGCUCGCCAUGGCCAUCGCCGCCGAGUGGGAGUACCAGGAAUCAGAUGGAAUUCGACCUUUCACAAUGCCUCUCAUGAAGCUUGCUUGCACUGCAUUGGAGAGAGUUCCUUUGACACGGAGAAAAGUAAUUGAUAAUUUGAUGAAGAAAUUUCAUCAAGAUUUGGUAUUCUGUCGCUCACCUGCUGAUAGUGAACUGACCAUUGGAGUUCAUCAAAAGCAGAAGGAGAAAAUUGAUCCUAUUCUGGAGUGGGUAGAUACUGAAUUUGGGUUCAAGCCUAUUGUCUACACGACCUUCUUUGGGGGAAAGCAAGAUGAGGGCCUUGCUAAGGCUGUAGAAACUGUUCUAAAGAAAGCAACUGACUGUGAGUUGGCAUCUAUUGAUGCUAUGGCUGCAGCAGCCCAUUCCCUGGUGAUCCCUCUUGCAAUAUUUAGAGAAAGGUUGGGUAUUGAGGAGGCCAUUGAGUUGAUCAGGCUAGAAGAAGACCACCAGGUUGACCGAUGGGGCUUGGUGGAAGGAGGUCAUGACGUUGAUAUUGCUGAUCUUAAAGUGCAGAUGUCCUCGGCUGUUGUAUUUCUUGAACUUACACGGGGACUGUGAACGAUACUGUUUCUAAUCUAUAUGUUGGUUAGUUGUUGUUUAUUUCCAGUCUUGUAUUAAUCUAAUACGAAGAGUUGUAGAAAAUAAUUGCUGCAGGAGCUGGAUAGCAAACGAAGUAUAUGUAUUCACCAAUCAGCUGUUCUGUUGUUAGAUUUUGGAUUGCGUUGAGAAAAUGCUGUUAAGGUAUGAACUAGGGAGCCCAGCAUUCCUUUGGCUUUGUACUGGUAAUGGUGUGAGAAUAAGAACAUAAUCUGCGAACUAGUUUUGCAGUGGCAGUCAUGUGUAACAUUCUUUUUGAUGGAGUAGAACUCAUUCAUGAA